AUGUUUUUUUUUGUUUUGUUUUUAUCUCAGUUAAAUAAUUACGUGGCAGUGAGUGAGUGAGUUGGACAUUUACUCGUGAAACCAUAAGGCAAACUAUUGGUUAACAAAAAAAGUAGCCGUACAGGGUCGUCACAGAGAGAGAGAGAGAGAGAGAAGCAGCACCAUCACAUUACUGAUAGACUACAUCUCCCAUAAUCCGGAACGCGGAUUUCUUCAGCCUUGUCUUCCGUUCCACGUGACAAAUACAACCUUAACUCAUUUGUCGCUGUCAUUCUCUCUCGCACACCCGUGGUUCUUGAGUGUUUAGGUUGACUUUCAGUCAAUCCAGUUUCAGUAGGUUUCAGUUUCACGUCAGUCAAAGCAAGUUUAAUAUUAGAGUGAAGUAGGCUACAGAUGACCACUACUCCAAGAAAAGGCAUCGGAGAAGAAGACUUGUAUGCCAGUUACUGUUACUCCAUAAGUGCUCUCUGCAUUGACUCUGCAUCCGCUGUUACGAGGCCAAGUUGCAGGUCAAGAUCGUGAAGUCACCAUUGCCUUACUUCGUCUCUUCUCUGCAUUGUAGUGAAAAUUGCCUUCACCACUGAGGGGGGAGGUUACAGGAUCUUCCAGGGUGGGCAAGGAAGAUGUCAAAGAGGAAGCACAAAAAGUCGAGGCACAGAACACCUUCACCAAAGAGGGAGAAUGAGAAGAGUGCAAAUAGACAGCAGAGAGUGGCAUCUGAGAAAAUUGAAGCAGGCACUCGUGACCAUCAUGGCCCACUGAGUUCUGCGGACCGGAAAAGAAAAACGGAGAACCGGGACAAGAUCUUGCCCUCGCCCAAAAAGUCCAGUCCAGAGAGAGGCCGUGAGCUCAAAACGCCGGUCUACCGCCUAGCCAUCUCAGCUGAGAAAAAAGACAGCAGAAAGAGAGAAGAGGACAUCGUACCAAAGACAGAACACCACAGAAGUCAUGGAGAGAGACGCCGAGAAAAGAAACAUCCGGAAACAUCCCACGCUGCAACAGCGGCAACUUCCACCAAAGGCCGUAAAAGAACCCCCUCGAGCUCUGAGACGAGCCAGUCUCGAUCCCGCAGCACCUCGUCUCCGCCGAAGAGCAAAGCCAGCCGGCACCACACUCAGGGAGGACGUACCACUGUGUCAGGGGCCAGAGCAAGUCACAGCACUGCCGCUAGCCCUGCGAAAAGUGCCUCUGGUGAUCUGCAGGAGCAGAGGAGGAAGUUGGUGAAAAGGAGGUCAGAGGAGGAGGAGCCAGAGCCUCCAGCUAAGACCUCCAGGAGCACCCCGACCCCGCGGCGGCAGUCCGAGGAGUUGAGGAAGGAGAGGAAGAAGCUGGUGGAGAGAAGGAGGUCCACGGAGGAGGUCAAGGCAAAGGCCUCAUCAGCGAAGCAGGAGAGAGGGGUCACGCAAGGGAAGACUUGGAAUAGUAGCACAGUAGCAUCUUCUUCUUCCUCUUCCUCUUCCUCCUCAGCCAAACUCAGUGGUUCAGCUAGACCGGACUCAGGUUCCACGUUACCGCGGGCUCCAAGGACCUCCGCCUCAGGGACAGAGAAUCAUGCCUCUCCCAAACCACAGCCCCCCAUCAGCUUCAGGAUCCCCAAAAAGCCCAGUGCUCCACCACCACGAGAAAACAUCUGGGAGCAGGAUGAUGAGAGCACGGAGCAGUCUGACAUUGCGCCCACUAAACCCCUCUCUACAGCAAAGGCAGCCCAUGUUACUGCUUCUUUCAUACCCCGCUCGAUAACUAAAGCAGGGAGGCCUACUACCUCCAGAGCCUUGUCUUUAACUAAAGCAUCGCCGGCUACUGCUUCUUUCAAACCCCUCUCCACAGCUAAAACAGGUCAGACUACAGCUUCUUCCAAACCCCUCUCUUCAGCUACACCAGUACAGGCUACUGUGUCUUUCAAACCCCUUUCUAUUACUAAAGCAGUCAAAGCUACUACUCCUUCCAAACCCCUCAAUACGACAGGAGCAGGUCAGGCUACUACUUCACCUGAACCACCUUCCACACCAAGCGCAGGCCCAGCUGCUGGUUCAGUCACACCCGUCUCCACAACAAAAGCUGGCCAGAAUGCUGCUUCUUUUAAGCCCUUCUCUAUAACAGGAUCGGGGCAGGAUGCUGCAUCACCUGAGCCACUCUCCACACCAAGAGCGGCCCAGGCUGUGAAUCUGACACCCCCCACAUAUACACCCCAGCAGCAUGAGAAGGAGAAUAACGUUCCGCACGGAUUCUAUUCUGGGGCUGCAUCAUUCAGUACACCUGGACAUUCCCCUCUGCAAGACCAGGCUGGUGUGGAAAACCACCCCUCAUUCUGGAGUCACAGUCCACAGACAGUGCCAGCACCUUCAUUUAUUUUGCAAGAGGACAAUCAUGACAAUGAUCAAGAGAUGCAGCUGCUGGAGGAGCUCCAGCAGGCCCGUUGUGAGCAUCUAUUGGAGGUGAACGUGGUAGAGAGUUACGGGGAGCUGACUGCCAUGGAUAUUGAUCCACCAGAAGAGGGCACCGCACCCACAUCAAUGCUCAGCAAAGAACUCAUACAGCAAGACCUCUUAAUCGUCUUGGACACCAACAUCCUGCUGAGUCACCUGGACUUAGUGAAAAAGAUCCGCUCACAGGGUCUCAGGAGCUUGGGCUUCCCCACCGUGCUCAUCCCCUGGGUGGUGCUGCAGGAGCUGGACGCCAUGAAGAACGGCAAGCUGACCAACGCGGUGGAGCGCCGGGCCACGCCGGCCGUCAACUACAUCUACAACUGCCUGAAGAACCAGGAGCCACGUCUCUGGGGACAGUCCAUGCAGCUGGCCUCGCAGGCCCUCUGUGGGCUGAAAACUGAGAAUAAUGAUGAUCGUGUUUUGCAGUGCUGUCUGCAGUACCAGAAACUCUACCCAAAAAGUGGUCUCAUCCUCUGCACGAAUGAUAAGAACCUGUGCAGUAAGGCAGUAUUAAGUGGGGUCAGGGCUCUGAGUAAGGCAGACCUUCUGCAGGAGGUGGACAGGCUCAAGGCAGGGGUCCUCAGCACCACGCCCAUAGCUGACCUGUGCAUUGCCUGUCCCAGCUGGCAGCCUGCCGAGAAAGAUGAAAGUAGGAGCAGGGAGGAGGCCAAGCCCAAAAGCGAGAGGACUCAGCGGGCUGAGGAGGAGGAGAGGAGGAGAUCGCUGGCGGCCGCUCGUGAGCUGAGUGAGGCAGUGUGUGUUCUGGAGGACACGCUGAAGGAUGUGCUCUCUGCCAUUCUCCAGCAAGAGAUGAAGGAGGUCUUUGGACACCUCUGGACAGAGAUUGUGUGCCUGAAACCUCCCUGGAGUCUGAGCCAUGUGCUGCAGUGUGUGAAGAAGCACUGGAUCGCCGUGUUUGGAAACAUCGUCCAGCGUGGGCUUCAGAGCUACAUCAGCCAGCUCAACGACUGCCUGUGCACAAACAAGACGGUGGACCGUGAGCGUAUGCUGCAGGCUCUUUCUGUGGCAGUGGAGCUCCUCUCAGGUUUCAGCAGCAGGUCUGACUACAGUGGCCUCCUCCCCCAGAGCCUGAGCACCCUCCAGGGCCUCCUGCGGCGCCUCCAGCCCCAGCCAUCGAGGUCUCCACAGGCAGAUGAUGACUCUGUUAUGCUGGAAGUGGAGGAGGCAUCGCAGGAGCCUCGUGUAAGCCACCAGGGCAUGUGGCAGGUCUUUGAGAACAUCUGGACCAACCUGUUGGGGCACAGCUCCGAUGUGUUCACGGCCCUCCAGUUUGCUCCGAGCUCCAUGGAAACGGCUCCGUCUAGAAAAUCUCAUCUGUCUUCCCAGGAUGCACUCUGUGAACUCCAGAAGCUCGGCGUUGCUGUUGCACAACUGCUGCAGUAUUUUGAGAGGCUUCUCUCGGCUGACUGCUCAGUGAAUGAUUCCCAGUCUCUACUUACCUUCAUAGAGACCACUAAGAUUGCUGCUCUCGAGCCUCGCUUCACCGCUCAGGCCCUAUGUGAUUGUCUGUCACAGCAAGAAUACAGGCAGAAGCUGUUUACGGGCGGCAGCCAACUGCUGCAGCUGCAGGUGGAUCUGGAGAGGUGUGCUGCCGCAGUGGGGCAGGCGUGGAGCUGACGACCACGUCCCCGUCCCAACAUCCCCGGUCCCUCUCCACCAUGAGCACCACAACCACUCACCCUAUCCCCUACUAACAACCCUGGACCUGGGACAGACUUUGUCCAAUUCCCCCCUUAAAUCCAAAUCCAACUCCCCACCCCCACCCCCAUUUAUUCUCCCUAACCCUAUGUACCAACUGUCAUAGGCGGAAUUACUUUUGAAAUUAUUUUUGAAACACCUGGACUGACCGCAACCAAACCCACCCAAGAAUCCAAACACUAAGCAUGAUCCAGAGACCUUAAAUCUCCCCCAUCUCCCAGGCAGACACCAGCAGCCCAGAGAUCAUGUCGUUCUCCCCUGCCACCACGCAUUUGUUUCCCAUUCGUAAAACUUUAUUAGAAAUCACAGGGUUGCACAAGAGCUCGUCUGAAAUGACUCAGGAAACCUCAGGGUUGAGUCGAGGAGCUUGCAAGUUAUUAGUUGCCGUUGUUUGUCUCACGUUGUUUGUUUUUAACAUAGCCAGUAUAUCAGGGACCAUACCUUAAAAAAAGCCAAUAGUGCCAAUGCAAGAUCUUUAGCAGGACCUUGGCGGAUCACUGCUUAUCAUCUUCCACCCAGGUCAAUAAUCCUCUGGGGUUUAGUCUGACCUGGCCAAUGAGUAGCUGGAGUCUCCUGAAAAGAAAAAAAAAAGACUGAGACUAGAUAGUAAGGGCUCGAAACCUGGAACAUUCUUGAAAGUCUCCUG